AUAUUUUUACACAUGCGUAGAAUCAUGAAUCAUAAGAAAAUUUAGAUCAGACUAUCAGAUUUUCAUAAACACUUCUUUAUCUCAUGCGUUUAACUUUUUACUUAUACCAAUGAUUAUAAGCUACUGAUUGGAACUAAAAUAGUUCUACGCAUUGCAUAAUAUAAGAAUGUAUUUGGUUAGGAUAAAUUCAUGAUACGCUGGAAGAUUGUUAUUUCUAUUGUAAUAUAGCUAUUAAUGAUGUUAUGACCACUGGAAGAGUUCCAUUAUUAUAUCAAGUAUUGCAUCUCUUAUGACAAAUUGGAUAUAUGAUAAAUAGAUGAUAGUAUAUGAAACAGCUCUGACAAAUUUGAAGUGCGUUUGUUCUAUUACUACCUCGUGUGACAAAGUUUCUUGGAAGUUUUGUAAAUGAUUUGGGUAUUAAUUCCCAAAAAAUAUCAAUGAGAUAUGCAGCAUCAAAUUAAACAGAGGAACCCACAAUCCUUACUGCAUAAGUGUUAUAAUUAUAGUGGAUUUAAUAGUGUCAUAAAAUUACAAGAUGUCUGCAGUAGAAACGCCACAUUUCAUACGUACCAUCGAAUGGGAAAUGAUGGAUAAGACCAAAUUUUUCCCAUUGAGCAUGCUCUCAUCAUUUUCUGUGCGUUGCUGUCUAUAUCCCUUAACAGUAAUUAAAACCCGCUUACAAGUUCAGAAACAUAACAACAUGUACAAUGGAAUGCUAGAUGCUUGCAGAAAGAUUUACAAGGUAGAAGGUAUAGGUGGUCUGUAUAGAGGAUUUUGGAUAAGUUCUAUACAAACUGUAUCUGGUGUAUUUUAUGUAUCUACUUACGAAGGAAUGCGUCAUAUACUUGGACAGAACAAUGUUAUAGGUAAUAUAGACUCACGAGUAAAAGCACUAAUUGCUGGUGGAGCUGCUAGUUUGGUAGGACAGACAAUAGUAGUUCCCUUUGAUGUUCUAAGUCAGCACUUAAUGGUUCUGGGGAUCAAUUAUAAUAAACAUGGAAGAUAUAUAGAUCAGAUGGGUAUAAAUCCAUUGGGUUUAAUUCUUGAGCCAGGAAAAUCCCGGACUCAAAUUUCGACAGAUAUUAUCAGGUUAAUUUAUCGGAGAGAUGGCUAUAGAGGUUUUUAUAGAGGAUAUGUUGCAUCAUUGUGCGCUUAUGUUCCCAAUAGUGCUCUUUGGUGGGGCUUAUAUACAUCAUACCAGGAUGAGCUUAUAAAAUUGUUCCCAGAGUGGGUCUCUCACUUGUUUAUUCAAGCUCUUGCUGGUACAUUAGGAGGAUUUACCACAACAAUUAUUACAAAUCCUUUAGAUAUCGUACGGGCAAGGUUACAAGUACAAAGAUUAGAUAGUAUGUUUAAUACAUUCAAAGUUUUAUGGAUGGAAGAAAGAUUGCAAAUGUUCACAAAGGGACUUUCCGCGCGCCUUGUACAGUCUGCUUGUUUUAGUUUUUCAAUAAUUCUAGGAUAUGAAACUAUUAAAAGAUUCAGCAUAAUUGAAGAGUACAAAGGUUACAUUAGAUGGUGAAUUUAUUCUUUAAAACUUGUAAUAGUUGUUUUCUUGUCAUGCAUUUUUCGACAAAUUCUGCUGUAUUUUAAGCAAAAGCAACUGAGAUACGCACCAAAGAGAAAAGAACAAGAUCAUUAAUGAUCUUAGCGAUUUAUAAACUAUAUUCAUAAUAGUACAUUUUAAUGCAAUGUAAUUGCAAUCGUGGUUAAUAGGUAUGAUGAAAACACGACGAAAUGUUUAUUUUAAAUAAUAAAAGUAAUUAUAAAUUUUAACGAGAAUAUAAUUACGUGUUAAUCGUAUUUGCAAUAUC